CCUGCACCUUAAACUAGCAGCUCCACCUAUAGGGCCAUCAAAGUCUUGAUUCGCCUCAACUUUGAACAGGCCAUUAAAAAGGUUUUCAGGUACCAACUCAGAGUUUACACUUUGAAUAUAGUACUUCCAAUUCGUCGAGGAAAUAUUCGCAUUUCUUUACACCAGACGAUUCAACUGGAGACUUACUGUUUCUUACCAAAUUGCGGCAGUCAUCGUCUUGCUAACGGGAAUCUAUAACCAAUUGUAUACUCGUAUACAUCGUGAGGCACAAAGUAUUUGCCACUAAAAGCACCAGGGGUAUAAUAGUUGAGGAACUCUUUGACCAUAUACAGAAUACGGAAAUAUUUACCUACGUUUGGCAAUUUAGCAUCAUGGCCGCGCAAGAUUCAAAUCCGAAUUUACCUCCUUCUGAGGCAACAAAAGCAGUUCUAGUUCCGUCCGAUGAACUACCAGAAGGAGCACAAAAAGUAGAGGAGAUCGACUUCAAUGCCUUUAAGGGACGUCCUAUCACCGUGGAUGACAUUAUCGGAGGGAUGAAGCAUAUGGGAUUUCAAGCGUCUUCUGUGGCCGAAGCCGUUCGAAUCAUCAACGAUAUGCGAACAUGGCGCGACCCGGAAACAGGUGACAAGACAACAAUCUUUCUCGGAUAUACCUCCAACAUGAUCUCAUCCGGGCUUAGGGGGAUCUUUCGAUAUCUUGUAGAACACAAGCAUGUUUCGUGUAUUGUCACCACCGCUGGUGGUAUCGAAGAAGACUUUAUCAAAUGUCUUGGCGAUACUUAUAUGUCCUCGUUCAGCGCCAAGGGGGCUGAGCUCAGAGCUAAAGGUUUAAACCGGAUAGGAAACCUCAUGGUUCCUAAUGCGAACUACUGCGCUUUUGAGGAUUGGGUUGUUCCCAUCCUAGACAAGAUGCUCGAAGAGCAAGAAGCAAGUAAAGGGACGGAAGAAGAAAUUAACUGGACACCAUCUAAGGUCAUCCACCGCCUAGGUAAGGAGAUUAAUGACGAAAGAUCCGUAUAUUAUUGGGCAUACAAGAACGAUAUCCCCGUGUUCUGCCCUGCUUUGACGGAUGGUAGCUUGGGAGACAUGUUAUACUUCCACACAUUCAAAGCUUCGCCGCGCCAAUUAAAAAUUGACAUAGUUGAGGAUAUUCGGCGCGUCAACACCAUUUCCGUCCGAGCCAAACGAGCCGGGAUCAUCAUACUGGGCGGUGGCGUCGUCAAACACCACAUUGCUAACGCUUGCUUGAUGAGGAACGGUGCUGAGUCCGCCGUCUACAUCAACACUGCCCAGGAGUUCGAUGGCAGCGAUGCUGGUGCACGACCAGAUGAAGCGGUAUCUUGGGGGAAGAUUAAGGUUGGAGCCGAUCAUGUCAAGGUUUACCUUGAAGCAUCUGCUUGCUUUCCAUUCAUUGUAGCCAGCACUUUUGCUAAGGAUGGAUAGAUGGAGACUACAUCUAGUAUAGAGUUACAAAGUUUAUCUGACAGCCGCAUGGCGCACGUCUCCUUUUUCUCUAGGAACUAUCUAAACUCUCUAGGGACAUAGAUAAAUAAGAUAACCACUGAAUUACUUUCAUGAA